GGUUUUAACCGUCAGCCGCCUCCUCCCACUGAGUAAAGAAACAUACCGUGUGUGCGUCGCUUUAUCGAAGGGAUUUAUUUUUUUUAUUAAAUGACUGAUCAAAACAUGGAUUUGGACUCUAUGAGAUAUGCGGACUUACAAAAGCUUGCUAAGGAGUUGGGGCUUAAAGCUAAUAUGAAGGCCGACAAACUGCUUAAAGCCGUCAAACAACACUACGAGCAAAAGAAAGAACAACAUCAGGACAACAAUAAUACAGUAAACGACGCUCCUCCCGAUCCCCCAAACCCAGCAAAGGAAGAAGCAAAGAGUUCCCCUGCUGUUGCAUUUGUCAACACACGCCGAGGGAAGGGACCAGGGGCCAAGAGAAAGAUGUGUGAUUCUGCAGGACCCGAGACUGGCGCCGAAGAGGCUGCCGGUAGUCCAGAGGAGUCAGUUGUACCAGGUGCAUCUGGAUCUGCGAAACGGAGACGAGUGUUGGCCAAGACUGAGAAAACUGAGGCUCCCACAGCAAAUGAGGUGCCAGAAGCUGCAAUCAAAGCUCCCAAAGGUGGUAAAAUCCCUCGUCUACAGAAGAAGGUGCCCAUGAAACCUGUCACUCCCAACUUUAAGAAACUUCAUGAGGCACAGUUCAACAAAAUGGAGUCCAUUGAUUCUUAUGUCCAGAGGAAAACCAAACAAAUGGAGACUUAUAAAAAUGCAGUGAAGGAGCUGAAGAUGCUUUCAGAUCAAACUAAGCAGCAGAUUAAAGGCACAUCUGAAGAGAAACCAAAGCAGAUGCACACCUCCCUCUUCAGUCCAGCUCCUGUCAGUAAAGCAAAGGUAGAGGAGAGGCGCAGACACACGUUACUCUCAGCCUCUAAGACUAAAAUUGUACCCAAAAAAUCUGUCGGAAAAGAGGAUGUCCCCUUCAAACCCACUGUCCUGUCAACACGAAGAAUCAAUGUACGGUUUUCGGAGGCUACUAAAGACAAUGAACACAAGAAAUCUCUGAUAAAGACCCCAGCACGGAUGUCUCCCUGUGUGGCCUCCAGCACUCCUCAAGAGAAACCAGGAGUGAAGGCGAAUGUUGUCAAAGCUACAACUCUGUCCGCCACCAAAACACCAGGAACCUUUGUUUUCACCGGAAACACAAGCACCAGCACCACUCCCGGGACACAGAAGAAAAAUGCGUUUGACCUGAAAGCGAGUCUGGCUCGUCCCCUCAGCUAUAAACCACACACGGGAAAACUGAAGCCGUUUGGAGAAACUAAAGAGAACCCGUCAGCCAACAAGUCAAUCACUAUGAACUCGCAUCAGAAAAAUUACAAACAGCACAAAGUUCAGACGAGGGACGACAGGAGAGUGAAACACAACGAAGACAGAAAACAGAAGAAGAAUAAUCUCCUGGGAGCUCGGCGAGGCCUUGUCAUGAUGUGAACAUGACUUGCCAUUGUACAGUUUCUCUGUAAAUAUCUCUGUGUUUAGUACAAGUAGCUGCUUUACUUUUUACUGCUUUGAUCAUUUGUGUUUUAUGCCCAGUUUUUAGCGCUGUCAGAAUGAUGCAUUUAUGUGUAUUGGUGUCCUUGAUGUUCAAGUCAAAAGAUGUGCUCUCACAAUGUUAUUUUUACUUUUUGUGAAAAUUAAUAAAGGACUUUGGCGAUGUA